GCGCGCAAGUAGGCGUCCCGGGCGGCGGCACAGCAGGUGAGCUCGCAGACCCGCGGGGCGGGACCCUUUUCCGGCCUCCUGCGACCCGGUAGAGGGUUCAGACUGCGGAGUAUCCUGUGGGGCCCAGGAAAGCAUAGCGAGGUUCCGUGUGCGGAGCUCCUGCAGCCCCUCCUCGCUCAGCCACUGGCGGGCUGCUUGGCACGGCCUCCUAGCCGACCCCGCAGCGCGAUGGCCCUAGGGAUGUUGGACUUUGGCCAGGACCCUUCCUUUCUUAGCCUCACUUUCCGCAUUGGGAUAAAAAGCCCGAAUGACAAUGAUUCUUACAGGAGUUCUUGAUUAAAAUAGGCCAGGGGGUACCCUGCAUUUUUGUUUGCGGCAACUCAUUGCUAAUUAAGCACUUUUCACGGACAGGAAUACAAUUGUCCGAGGUGACCACACUCAUGGCAGGUCCUCUGUCGCGGGCCGCAGCAUUUGUGCAGAGACACAGGACAGGCCUCUUGGUGGGUUCCUGUACAGGCCUGUUUGGAGUUCAAAUCUCAUACCAUGUCUUCCCGGAUCCCGUCAUCCAAUGGCUCUACCAGUACUGGCCUGAGGGCCAGCCAGCCCUGCUCCCUCCACAGCUGCAGAACCUCUUCGAAGAGGUGCUACAGGACAUGGGCAUCCCUUCAAGCCAUUGCUACAAGUCCUUCACCACCUUCACCUUCCAGCCUGUGAGUGCAGGCUUCCCAAGACUCCCUGCUGGGGCUGUGGUGGGCAUCCCUGCCAGUUUCUUGAUGAACGUAGUAAUCAGCAAUGGCCAUCCUGUGGUCAUACAUGGGCAGAGUGUGGACUGGCGGACCCCAGCAGGCGCCCGGCUGAGAGACGCCCUGACCUUGUCCCAUGAAGCCCAGAAGUUCGCCUUGGCCAGAGAGGUGAUAUACCUGGAAAGCAGCACCGCCGCCCUGCAGGCCCUGCUGGCGCCAGCUUACCUGGCAGGGACCUGCGUACUGGGUGUGAGUGCCAAGUAUACCCUGAGGCUCUAUGGAAGCCCCAUGAAUUUACGAGCUGCCUUCAGCUUGCUGGUAGCAGUGGCAGGCUUUGUGGCCUAUGCCUUGUCCAAGGACUCUCUCACCCACGCCCUGGAAGCCUGGCUGGACCGCCGCACAGCCUCCCUCUCUGCAGCCUAUGCCCGGGGUGGAGUGGAGUUCUAUGAGAAGGUUCUGUCGGGCAACCUGGCCCUGCGCAGUCUCUUGGGCAAGCGUGGGGAGGAGCUGUAUACACCCAGCGGGAACAUCGUCCCCAGACACUGGUUCCGCAUCAAACAUUUACCCUACACCACCCGCCGGGACUCUUUGCUGCAAAUGUGGAGGGUGAUGCUCAACCCAGGCCGCUCCUGAUGGGCUCAUCACAAGGACAGUUCCCGCGUGUGCAGACACCACCCUGCCACUGAGUCUGGGGGUCCUCCUGAAGCCUUUGCACCUAUAGCUCCAGGCUAGAAAAAUCACAGCCUUUGGAAUGAAAUAGCUUAGGUUCUACCAUAACCACUACUUAUGAACUUAGGGACUUUGGGCAAGUCUCUCCAUGACUCUGAGCCUUGGUUUCUUGAACUGUAAAGUGGAGAUUAUGUAAACUACCUGGCAAGAUUGUAGAGUCGGGUAAGGCCAUGAACAUAAGGGCCCGGUGCGAAGGGUACACCGCAAAUAAACAGACGUCCCUCCUU